GACGUCACCGACGUCAAACGGGACUGUUUGUUCUGGAUUUGGGGCGAGGAAGGUCUGCGAGCGCUGACAACCAACAGAAGAAGGUAAAAAUAACCGUUUAUGAAUCUGUUAAGAGGACACUGGUAUACUAGACGAAAGAGUACAACUCCGAGGACUGGCUAAUAGGUGAACAAUGGGUAUAGAGGGCGUUUUUCGCGCGCUGUCAGUGUGCGCUUCGCCAAACCGAGCAUGAGCUGUCUUCACAGGCCUUGCACCGGUUCGGGCACACGAGAUAGAUGAUUUCUUGUCUUUAGAAUUAGCGACAUUUGGUGUAUGUGUGCCGUUUCUAUACGCUGUCUUUCUCCUCUUUACACUCGUCACGGGGUCCUUUUCGUGGCUGCGAACACUCUGUGCUGUCAGUGUGAGCACGUUAGCUGCAGGUCGCUAACACGUUAGCCGUGUUAGCUGCUAGGCUGUUUGUUUGUAGCCCCGUAGGCCGUAUUCGUGACACAAGUUACGUCCUAUUGGCGGCGUAGAUUACGUUCGAUGGCGCAGGAGCUCGCGCGGAGAUCGGCGUACGUCAUUUGGAGAAUACCAAUCCCGUCCUGGUCGUAUUCUCGAAGGCCGUUUACGUCCGGAGCUGUCACCUGCCCGGAGUAGACAUGGCGGUGCACUGACAUGGAAGGUUAGCAAGACAGAGGUGUACAACCGAGUUAUUAACCAUGUAAACGGAUAUCUGUGUGAAUUAAAUAAUGGAUUUUUUUAUGUAACUUUCUCAUAGUCAUCUUUUAUGGCUGUUUUUGCCCUCCUCGAGAAACGUUAUCGGUGGUUUGUAGACCAUAGCUACGUGAUACGAAGUAAUAUCAAAAUGGCUGAUAAAUUUGGUGGAUUCUUUUAUUUAGGUUUUAAUUUAUAUUUAUUCGUCUUUAUGUAAGGAUGAUAUAUUUUUUAUUUACAUUACAUUGCGCCCUGACUCCCCGUGUCAAACCUGCUAGAUUUCAGAGUCUUAUUCCUCAGACUUUCGUUUUGAAGCCCGAAUCUUUGACCUAAGUAAGGUUUUCUGUUAGGUGUUAUAGUAUAACUAAAAUAUAAUUAUGUGAUUUUGCUUUAAAAAGAGCACUAAACACAAUAUCAGACACUUAAUAACAACGUGUUACAAUAAUACAGAUGUUCAGAGAGAAAGUUAAAUUUUCUAAAGUCUUUUAUUUCGUUUUUCAGUUUAUAUUUAUUCUUUUUUUCUGUUAAGAUCAUAUAUUUUUAUCCAAGCAGCUGCGACAUUUCAUUGCGCCCUGACUCCCCAUGUUAAAACUGCUAGAUACUAGAGUCUUAUUCCCCAGAAUUGAAUUUUGAAGCCCGAAGCUUUGACCUAAGUUAGUUUUUCUGUUAGAUGUAUUAGUAUAUUUAACAUAUAAGUCUGUUAUUUUGCUUAAAAAGAGCGCCAAACACAAUAUCAGACAGUUAAAUAGAACGUGUUAUUCACUGACCAGGGUUACCAUUAAAAUCAUGACAAACCAGUAGAACAGCUCAAACUGAUUUUAUGAAGCUGUUGCACUUUUAGUUUCUGUUAUACUGGUAAAUUAAUCACUGAAGCUGUAGGAGGAAAAUCGGAUUGUACUACAUUGAAAAAUGUUCCUACUGUUUUGUGUAUUAUUGAAAACUAAGGCUAAAGUAUUCCACCACCAUAAAUAUACAGCACGGGAACCACUUGUCUGAACACGUAGACAAACACUGAAAAUUUGGAAGUUUUCUGAAUCUAGAUUUUGUGGUGGUGCUAUCAUACUAGAUUUCCUAUUUGUUGUGUUAUGGUUGGUUGGUGUGUAUUAGAUAAGAAAGCUUGUUGAAAAGAUUAUGCAAAGAAAGAGAGCAAUUAAGAUCCAAUAAUGUGAACCUGUAGAAGAUCACAUUGGACUCAUAAUAUUUGCAUUAAUUCACCCAAGCUUGGAUAAUUCAUGUCUUAAAAUCUGAAAAUAUCAGCAGGAAACAGAUCUUGUUGUCAAUAUUCAGAAGAGAGGCAUUGUCUUGUUUUGUUGUUAAAAAGACCUUUGAGCCCUGAAACAUACUGGGAGCUUCUGAAUGAUUUUUGCAGUUAAAAUUUCCCAGUGUUGCAGUUAGAUCAGAAACCCUCAGCGUUUGAUGGAAGAGUCUAGUGUCCUUAUCUUUUUUCCCUCUAGGAAUAAACACAAUCAUUGAAUAGAAAACAGAUGGAUUUAAAUCUAAAUGACACCACUCUAACACUGGGCUUAAAUACACCUUUAAACGCUUGUCGCUACCCCAUAAUGAACAAUAGCCAAUCACGUUGCAGAAUAGAGUUUUGCAGACGCACUGACUGCAGAAAUGAGGGAGAGUAAUAUCAAAGAUCACACAGUACCAGCCAGCGUUAACUGCGAACUCUGCCACACGUGCCAGCAAAAAAACCCCAACUUUAAUGUAAUAUCACCCGUACGAACACACCAUGAGCAAGACUUUACAGUCCCAAACAUGUGAUGAUGGACCCUCAACAAAGACCCGGCAAGUAAGUUGGACACCAAGACGUAAAGACACAAAGACAUGAGAAAUGCAGCUGCAUAUUUUAUUGCAAAAAAUUAUUCUUCCUGUCAAGAAAGGGGGAUUCAAGACAUUAAUCAGAGCUCUUGACCCCAGAUAAGCGCUAACUAAUCCUAGGGUUUCUCCAAAUUUCACUUUAGAGCAGAAAUCAGCCUAUAAAUGUGGAAGAAAUAACUUUUUACAUUCAUCAUGAUAAUUCUCUCCAUAGCUUAAAAUGAAAAGGUAACAUUGUAAGAUUGACCACAAUAAUCGACAGUACUUUCUGUGUAUGAGGGCUGAUGAACCCUGUUCAAAAUCUCCGACCAGCCCUUAUUGGAUUAACUCAUAAACUCGAUUUCAAACUCUGCGUUGUUGUUUCUUUGCAUCCUCAGCGUGUCACCUCGUCACCCCUCAGACUGAGAUAUGAUCCCCCAGUAGGAUCAAACCACAGCUGCCCAGCAACAAACAUGUGAGUCUUCAGAAAUUAUUUUGCUAAAUGUAUUUAAGAUCAGAGCUGAAAAGUCACCGCCAGCCACUCAUCCCACCAUUUGGUACAUGAUGGGGCGUCUUUGUGCCCAAAAAGCCAAAUCCCUGUCUUAUGCUGCCCUUGCCAACACACCAUGACAGGUGGAGGUUCUCUGCCAUAUGAGUUGGGGUCCUUUUUGACUUUGAGAGGUCAUAAAAUAACUUUCUUUGGGUUUUUGCAUGUGAACAUUUUAAUUACAGUUUUAGUAAACUAGCGUUUUGAGGUCAGCUGUCAGCACUGAUGUGUGCUAUUACAAAUCUUACAAAUAUUAAUAAUAACUUUAUAUAGCACUUUUAAAAACAGAAGUUUACAAAGUGCUUCGACGAACAGUUGCAAAGCACAGAACAUCAGCACAUGGAAAUAAAAACAAAUAAAAACAAAAGCUCAGUUAAAAACAAAUCCUCCGAACUGAAGGCCAAUUUCAUUUUUCAUAAGAAACCCAGACAGUACAAGAACCCUACGACAUAAAAUGAGAUCAUGAGGACCAAAAUAAAAACGUAAAAUAGGUGAGAAGACGGCAUCAUAUAAAAGCAAGUCUGUAAAAGUGAGUUUUUAAAUUUGACUUAAAAGAAGUGACUGUCUCUGCACGCCUUUUCUCCUCUGGCAGGUCGUUCCAAAGUCGAGGAGCUCUGAUGGAGAAAGAUCGAUUACCUUUAGUUUUGAGUCUCGACUUUGGAACGACCAGGAGGACUUCAACAGAGGAUCUGAGGCUGUGAGUUGGCUCACAAGGCAUUAAAAGCUCAGAAAUGUAGCUCGGAGCAAGUCCUUUGAGCGCCUUAAAAGUAAUCAAUAAAAUCUUGAAAUCAAUCCUAGAACUGACAGGAAGCCGGUCAAGGGAGGCUAAAAUUGGAGUGAUGUGAUGCCGUCGACUAAAACCAGUUAAAAGCCUUAAAUCUAAAAUUAAAAUCUGCUUUUUCUGUCAACAGCAUCCUCUUCCUCUUUCCUGCUUUCAAUAAUGAGCUUCUGAGAGUCAUGUGAUAUUCAAAAAGCAGGAGUAUGAAGGGUUAAAGUAUCUCUGUAGUACUCAAAGUUAGAGCUAAGCAUACAGACCACAUCACAGAAGCCAGCAGAGCUCUUUUAUGUACAGCGCUCGCUAAGAGGUGGUAAGACCACGACCGCAGUGGUGCAUUUGUUUGAUACACUGCUUUAUAUUGUUCAUGUGGUCUUACAAACAGUCGUUAAAAUCUAAAAAUGACUGAAAUGAUGCCAUCUUUUAUGACUUUUCACAUUAAUCCCUUUACCUCUCAGUGUGAGCAGGUUGUGUUGCUCUACAUUUCCUUCUCUGAAUUAUUGACUCAUGCUUUCAGAUGUUUGCAACCAAAAAUGCACUUUGACUGAUCAUAUUUAGCGGCUCGGUAAUUGUCUGACCUCUAAAAUCCUUCAGUGUUGAAGUGUUGACAAAAAAAACAUCAUGUUCCGGUGUCUUUAUUGUUAAUAUCCGAUCGCUCCUGUUUUCUACACCAAGACGACUUACAUAACCUCUGUGUUGCUUCAUAUUCCCGGCUGGCCCUCGUGAAAACGAACAAAGAUUUAAUAACAGGUUUGUGUGCACUUGAUGACAGAUGAGCCUGCUCAGCUAUGAGCAGUCGUACGACACACAGGCGUUCCUCACAGUUGUACUGACAGUCUAGAUUCUGUUUGUAGACUAGUCUGGCUCGGCUUAUAGUCAGUCGGCUCUAAGUCUUUGAUCACAGACAGUGAAUUUUAGUAUCAGACGAGCGGAGAGCGUUGUAAUGACAUGAGAAAAAACACUUUAACUUGGCACGGCGUAUGAUCAGCUGCUUUCUGUCCAUGUCAACAUGUUUCAUGAAUAAAUCCUCAGUCCAGAUGUUCACCUGGUCACUUUUUCACCCGUCUGAUGGUCUAGAAAAAGACCUCAAGACCCCUCUCACUCAGACUUUCAUAGUCUUCUGGUCUGCUGUUUUUUGCCCCCUGUGCUUUUGAAUCUGGAUGUACAACCUGUUAGUGCACAUUUCUAUUUAUACAUAUUUAGACUCUUGAUUUAAAGCUUAUUGACUUUAUUAAGCUUAUUAUGUUUUUGGAGCACUGGUCGUUUGUAAAAAUGUUUAUUUUUCGCACAUGAUCCAGGAGUGACACAGAGCUCGACAGUGUGACCGUUUCACUCGCAUUUGCAGCUAAUAAUAGAUGUGUGCGAAUUGUAAAAUGUAUUUAGGGGCACAUGUGCGCAUAAAUAAAAAUCAGCUGAGGCAACAAAUGUUUGCGGUGAAGUUAGUUUUAGGUUGGAUAUCCGACGGACAUUCACUGAGGAUCUACCUGUGUCCUCUCACGCUCCAUAACCGGGAAUAGCAGCAACAGCAGCAGCGCAGUUAAAUCUACUCGGCACCCACGCUGUCAACGUCGGGUGUUGAAUAAGGGACCAUCAAUGAAUUACUGGAUGUUCUCAAAAAAGGCUGUUUUCCUUCGAUAGCUUCCAUUUUAUGUGACCAGCUGACCUAAAAGUUCUCUUAGGAGCACAUGUGCUCCUUGUGAAAAAAGUUAGUAUCAAGUUCUGUGAUGCAUGUCUGACAGCAAAAGAAGUGACUCAAUCUGGCUCAAAGUGAUAGGGGGGUGGUUUACGGUGGAUCAGAGAUCCCGCUCUGAUGAUUCUUGGUUUGUUUCCUCUCUAGAGAGUCGAGUAAGGAGUGUAAUGGCCUGAGGGGGGUCCCCCCGGUUCCACCUGCCCCUGCCAGGUCCUAUCUGCCUAAACUGUCGGCUCAGCCACUGCAACCCAUCUUUGCCAUGGGGGACGGACUGGAUGCAGGCAGCAGCCAGAACCCUCCCUCUGCCCCGCCCCCUCUCCCCUUCAACCCCCCACCCCCUGAAACAUGGAACUCCUCCAGACCAAGACGACAGACCAACCAGCUACAGGUACACAGAUUCUAUCUCUGCUCUGUUUACAUCUGUGAUAAAUCUGUCUGAAGACCUGAAUCGAUGCGUUUCUGUUUUAUUUUGCUCCUCCUCAGUUCCUGUCUAAAGAAGUGUUGAAGACGUUAUGGAAACACAACUUUGCUUGGCCCUUCCAGACUCCUGUAGACGCCAUCAAACUCAACUUACCUGUGAGUCCAUGUGUUGGUGUUGUUAAACCUUGGAUCACAGACCCUCCAGCCUUCAGUCCUCAUACUAAUCUGACUAAUUGGUGUCCUUUCUUCAUUUAAGGACUACUAUAAGAUCAUCAACAGCCCUAUGGACAUGGGCACGAUAAAGAAACGUCUGGAGAACAACUACUACUGGAACGCCCAGGAGUGCAUCCAGGACUUCAACACCAUGUUCACAAACUGUUACAUCUACAACAAGGUCACACAGAUGCUCUGCUUACAUGUGUCAUCAUGUCUCAUGUGUUUAAAAGGAAUCAGAUAAGCAUUCAGGUGUGUUACGCUUUUCCAGCCUGGGGAUGACAUCGUCCUGAUGGCGGAGGCCUUGGAAAAGGUCUUUCUCUGUAAGAUCACCGAGAUGCCGCAGGAGGAGAAGGAGAUCGCGUUGGUCACCAAAGGACGAAGAGGCCCCAGACGAGACACAGGUGAUGAGUUUUUGAGCGUCCUUUCCUGUGUCCUAAAUUCAUUUUUUACUGCUAAUUGUAAGGGAGAGGUUGUGUUCCUCUGACGGGUGUAUGACAUUGACCUAACUCUAACCUAACCUGUAUACGCGCCUCGUUGUCUAGACUGGUUCUGCCUGUUCCCCAACCACAGCAGCUCUUUGAUACUACAGCAUAAAUCUGCUCCUGCUCUCUCAGUGAAGCGUGUUACAGACCCUCCUGACAGGUUUUUGAUUUAUCUGGAUGAAAUGUUCAGUGUAUCCAUGUCGACACCCUCACAAAAGCCAAGAGUGGAUGAUACUUUAAGAUUUUCAGCAGUCAUGCAGGGGACUCCUGUGAACCCUAAUAAUAUGAUAUGAUAUGAUAUGAUAGAAGAUGAUAUAAUAUAUGAUAUGACAUAAUAUUAUAAUUUAAUAUAAAAUGAUAUGAUAUGAUAGAAUAUGAUAAAAUGUGAUAAUAUAUGAUAUCAUAUCAUAUGAUGAUUUAAAAUGAUAUGAUAUUAUAUGAUAUGAUAUGAUACAAUACAAUAUGAUGAUUUAAUAUUUCAUAUAAUAUGAUAGUAUAUAUGAUAUGAUAUAAUAUGAGGAUUUGAUAUGAUAUGAUAUGGAAUUCAUUAUGUAUAUAUAGUAUGAUAUCAUAUAAUAUUAUAGAAGAUAUGAUAUGAUGAUUUAAUUUGAUAUAAAAUGAUAUGAUAUGUAAUGAUAGAAUAUGAUAUAAUAUAUGAUAUGAUAUGAUAUAUGAUUUAAUUUGAUAUAAAAUGAUAUGAUAUGAUAUAUUAUGAUGAUUUGAUAUGAUAGUACAUGAUAUAGUGUGAUCUGAUAUGAUAUAAUGUAUGAUAUAUAUUAUAUCAUAUAUGAUGAUUUGAUAUGAUAAUUUAAUAUGAUAUAUGACACAAUAUAAUAAAGUAUGAUAAAUAUGAUAUGGUAUUAUAUUAUAAUUUAUUAUUUUAUAUUUUAUUACAUAAUGUGUUAUCGUAGAUGUUGCAUAUUUAACAUGAUCAAUCUUGUUAUAGUCGUUCAGUUAGUUAUCAAUAUAAACUUGUCUAGCUGUUGGGGGCGGACAUCUUUGAACUCACAGGGUUCUUUUUCUUCCUCCAGGACUCAUAAAGUCAGAUUCAGGACAGGACUCGUCGUCCCCCUCAACCACCCCCCACACACGAGGCUUCUCGUCCCCUUCAACAACCCCGCAGCCCCGAUCCAUACCCACCACUCCAGGCCCUCCCGCCCUGACCCAGCCUCAACCUCAGCCUCAGCCUCAGCCUCAGCUUCAGCCCCAGCCCCAGCCCCCACGCGUGCCUCCCACCCCCCCCUCCCACACACCCCAUUUAGGACCUCCUUUUUCCCUCUCGACCCCUGAUGUCCUCACACAGGGAAUGACCUCGGUCCUCCCUGCGGCCCCAACACACCCAAGCCUCCACCAGGCCCCAAUGCUGCAGAGCUCCCCUGCACUCGUCAAGGUAAGGACAAGUCAGCAGCUGAUUUGUUUUUGUUAUCUCGAUUCCUCCCCAACCUCUGACCCCUGACUGUUGACUGACUCCAACAGCAAAGGAAAAGCCAGAAGAGGAAAGCAGACACCACCACGCCCACGGCCAACGACCAGCUCAGUGAAUCAUCUCCCGUCUCCACUGAGACUCGGCCUCGCAGGGAGAGCAGCCGCCCGGCAAAGCAACCCAAAAAAGAAGCCUCACAGCCGGACUCGCAGCAUCACCUGGGAGGCGGUUUGGAGACGGGAGGGACGGUGACGCAGAAGCGGCAGGACCAGCUGCGUUUCUGCGCACGGCUCGUCAAAGAGAUGCUGUCCAAGAAACACGUAGCAUAUGCAUGGCCUUUUUACAAGCCUGUGGAUGUAAAAGCUCUGGGUCUCCAUGACUACCAUGAAAUCAUCAAACAUCCAAUGGACCUCAGCAGCAUCAAGGUGAAUUCAUUAGGACUUUUGAAUUUAUGCAUUACUGUGUCAGGUGAUCCAUCAAACGACUGUUUAUUCUGCUUUUGUGUUUGAGUCCGUGUAAACAGGGUGAAGUAUUCUGAUCUCAGCUGUGUGAUUCUGUCUCCCUCAGAAAAAGCUGGACAGCCGACAGUACAGAGACGCUCAAGAAAUCGCAACAGACGUCCGGUUGAUGUUCUCCAAUUGUUACAAGUACAAUCCUCCUGACCAUGACGUGGUCGGCAUGGCCCAGAAAUUACAGGUAAAUACAUCAGACACGCGCACAUUUUGUACAAGAUGAAGCAAGAGGUUCGAGGACCUCUUGACCUCUGAUGUUGUGGAUCUGGGUUUUUGUCACUGGACUCUUUAUUAUUAUUGUUUAAUUGGUCCAAAGUGCAUUGGAAUCAUGGAGCAGCAAGCAGAACUAGGGCUGGGCGAUAUGGCCUCAAAUCAAUAUCACAAUAUAUUGAGCAGUUCACCUCAAUAACGAUAAAUGGACGAUAACUACUCCACAAGCUGCUCACCCCCUCCCACAUUAACUUCGUCUACUUCAGCCGCUACAACUUUUGAACCGUCCUCCAUCUCCUCACCUGUCUUUCCCUCUUUGAUUUGGACUGUAUGGGGUGGGGUCACGUCUCUGACGUAGGACAGUGUCUUAAAUGGACAUGAGACCAUAGCCUACCUGCACACAUCCAAAACCAACUUUUGUUUGUUUAUUUAUUUUUUUUGACACCAGAUAUAUUGACACGGACAAAAUGACUUUGGUUAUUGUCGUAAAUUUCAGAAUCGAUAAAUUUUCGGUUUGUCGCCCAGCCCUAAGCAGAACCGAAGUAUAUAUGAUAUGAUAUGAUGAUUUAAUAUGAUAGGAUAUGAUAUGAUAUGGAAUGAUAUAAUAGAAUAUGAUAUAAUAGGAUAGGAUAUGAUAUAGUAUAUGAUUAUAUAUGAUUUGAUAUGAUAUAAUAUGAUGAUUUAAUAUGUUAUGACAUGCAAUGAUUUGUUUAUUUAUUUAUUUGACACCGGAUAUAUUGACGCGUAAAUUUCAGUAUCGUUGAAUUUUCGGUUUGUCGCCCAGCCCUAAACAGAACUCAAGUGUCCACAUACUUUUGGCCAUAAAGUCUUGCCUGUUGUGUACUCAUAUCAAGCAGUAUUUUAAACCUCAUUGUGAGCUGUUUAGUGAUAACUAACCGUCUCUUCUAUAGAAGUGUUCACACCAGAGUGGCGAUGAGGAGGAGGAGGGUCUGGAUAGUGUAGACACUGAACACAAAUAAACCCUCCCUCUGAUGUCCUUCUUCCCAACAGGACGUCUUUGAGAUGCGUUUCGCCAAAAUGCCUGAUGAACCAGAGGAGCCCGUCCCUGUUCCCACCCCGUCGUCGGUCCUCCACCCUGCCCCCUCCACUCGACAAGCCCCGCCUCCUUCUACCGUCUCUGAGGACGACAGCUCCAGUUCCUCCGAAUCGGAGUCCUCGGGAGGAGACUCAGAUCAAGAAAGGCAACAGCGAUUGGCGGAGUUACAGGAACAGGUUAGAGGAUGGAAAAUGAAGGGGGAGGGAGGCUUAUGAGACACGACAGGUGGGUGGGCCACGCAGAGCAGCUUUACCGACCGUGGGUGAAUGCUGAAAACACCAAGAGACUGUUUCACCUGCUGCUGUCUCUUCCUCUCUUAAAAUCACAACCUUGUCUUUGUCUUUCGGGUGUGUUUGGGUGUCUCCCCUAGCUCAAAGCUGUGCACGAGCAGCUGGCAGCGCUCUCCCAGCCCCAAGCCAGCAAGCCCAAAAAGAAAGAGAGGGAGAAGAAGAAAGAAAAGCACAAGAAGAAGAUGGGAGCAGAGGAGCCAGCCGAGAGCCCUCCGACCGUGAUGCUUCAGUCUUUGAAGAAAAACAAGAGCAGCAAGGAGCCGAUAGUUGGAAAGAAGGAGAGGAAAAAGCAGGGGUAGGUGUCCCAGAGGUAACAACAUAUAUGAUGUUCCUCUGGCCGCUUAACCUGGAGCUAAUCUGAUCAUCUGUCAAUCACAGAAAGAAAGAAGGGGUUAAAAAUAGCCGCCCAGCCGUGCCUCCUCCACCAGGGCCGACUCCUCUCGUCCCCUCGGCUGCUCUUGAGGCGGAGGAUGACAUUGGUAGGUAUCCUGCCGAGAUGUGAAACACGAAGGCUCAUGUCUGUAACGGCGGCUAAACUUACAGCUGCUUGUGUUUGUGACUAUGUCCUCCGCAGACGUCUUCGGGGCGGGGUCCGCAGACAGGGCCAAGCCGAUGUCGUACGAGGAGAAGCGUCAGCUGAGCCUGGACAUCAACAAGCUGCCCGGCGACAAACUGGGCCGCGUCGUGCACAUCAUCCAGACACGUGAGCCGUCUCUGAAGAACUCCAACCCAGACGAGAUCGAGAUCGACUUCGAGACGCUGAAGCCCUCCACGCUGAGAGAGCUGGAGAAAUACGUCUCCAGCUGCCUCAAGAAGAAGAAGAAGCCGUCAGGUAGGCCGAUGGAGCUGCUUCUGUUGAUCGUAAUAAUGUUAUCUUAGUCAAUGUGUGUUUUUCUGAGUACGCUUUCUCACUGAACCUCUAAAUGUUUGUGUGUGUGUGUGUGUGUGUGAGCAGAGAAGCCUCUGGAAAUGUCAAACAUGUCAAAGAUAAAGACCGAGUCCUCGUCUUCAGGCAGCAGCGACUCCUCUGACAGUGAAGACUCUGAGAAUGGUAACCCACAUACAGCUGUCAACCCUCCUGACUUAUUACCCAGCAUCCAUCAGUGUUCAGAAAUUCGGCCUUGGAGGUACCGCAGUUUUAAAAUUCAGAACCGUCUCUGUCCAGCAGGGCUGGUUCCCAAGCAGCAGAAGAAGAAGAACUCGACUAACAAGGACACCAAGAGACCGCCCCACCAGCCCCUCAGUAGUGGAACGGGUCCAGUCGCUCCUCAGCCCCUGACUCAGCCUCCGGCGGUCCAGUCCAAACCGCCGUUCGUCCCCCCUCUCCCAGUCCCCGUUCCUGUCCCGUCUCUGGACUCUCAGCUGCUGAGCCCUGGAUUUGAUCCUCUGGCUCACUUCAUGAACCCUCACCUGACUCAGUCCAACACAGAGCCCAAUCCGACCAUUACUCCCACCGGUGCCCCCGUCAUGUCCGGCCCCCUUAACGUAAACCCGCCCACCGGCCAGACACCCGCUGAGACGCACCCUUUCCUAAACCAACAUCCCAUCAUCCCCUCACCAGGUGUGUGGACUACAACAACAACAUCACAACUUCCCUGUGGGUAACCUGUUUUAAUGACAAUCAGCAAACUCGAAACUAGGGACAGAUCCAGGUUCAGUUCCUGGUCUGACAUCAGCUGUUACAGAGGAGACUUUGUUUUGUUUUGUUUUUUGUUUUGUUUUUAUUAGAAAUAUGUUUAUUAAUUUCCAAUGAACAUUAAAAUGAAAAGAAAAAUAUAGAUAAAUGUAAAUAAUGAAAAAAAAAACAGGAGGACAAAACGCAGCACAUCAAGAAUUAGAACUAUAUUACAUGUUUAUAAAAUGAGUAUCAACUAUACAGAAUAUUAAAGCAGACAUAAAAUUAUGACUGUCAUAAUAACAGUAAAGUAAAUAGGUCGGUAAACAAGAUCAUACUUUUGUUUGCACUGUGAGGCUUUUUUGUAUAACAGCCAGAGACUAUGGGCUCACAUUUUUAAGGUAAUUCAGUACAGGGUCCAUGUUUCAUCAAAUGUUUCCCCUCUAUCUUAAUUGUAGAAUCACAGUCUCUCCAAAUGUAACAUGUUUGACGGUUCUCCCAACCAUAAGUUUUAAGUGGGCACAGAGUCUGUUUUCCAAACUCGUAGAAUCAGCUUUUUAGCAACCAUCCUAAAUUGAACUGAACAUCUGACAGAAAAAAGGAUUUUUAUCAAAAGCCUUAGAAAAACACUGAAAAUAAAUGAAGUUUACUACAUGCCCAGAAUGGAUGUGUUAGUGUACCUAUCGAGGAUUUACAUUUGUUGCAUGUUGGUGGGACAUCAGGGUAAAAUUUAUGUAGUUUUUUCUUGCGAGUAACGAAGUCUGUGGAGCACUUGAUACUGUAUUAGGAUGUGUCUGGUGACACUUUUGUACAUUUCGUAGACAUUCUUCCUAAAUCCCAUCUGUUAUCUCCAUAUUCAACUGAUCUGCCCAUGCUUUUUUAGAAGUUUCUUUAUUCACUGGGCCUCCAUCAUGAAGCAUUCAAUAGAAAACAGAGAUUGCUCCAUCAGUACCCGGGUCCAGACACUUUGAUUUUUGAUUCCUGACCAAUAAGAAGAGAUGUUACAGAGAGGCCUGACUCUCUAACCAAAAGUCUCUUUCAGUCAGAUCUCAGGAUAGUGAUCCUGCUAGUGCUGAAUCUAGAUCUAAUCUAAUCUAGAUGUCUCACACUGUAUAGAUAUUGAGUUUGGACUUGUUCUGAUCCGUUCUUCUUCCUCUUCUUGUAUUUUCACAGCGGUCCAUAACGCCCUCCCCCAGCAACCAUCAAGACCCAGCAACAGAGCGGCGCCGCUCCCUCCGAAAAUCUCCCAGCCUGCCCCGUCCACGCUCCCCUCCCUGCCUCCAUCGUCCUCGCCCAAGCUUCAGCCCUCGCUGCCCCUCUCGCUCCCCCAGCCCGUCCCCCGCCCCCGCGUCCCGUCGCCGCCAUCGCACGGAAUCUUGGGUACUCUCUCGGCACAACCGCCCCAAGCCCUCCUGGAGGACGACGAGGAGCCGACGCCCACCAGCGCUGACAUCACGUCCCUCAGUCAGGUCCACACCUUCCUGCAGUCGCUCCAGCCUCGACCGCCGGCGCAGACCUUACACACGCUCACGCAUUCGCCCAUGUCGAACACGUCUCAGCUCAUGCAGUCAAUCAACGCACAGCCGGUGACCACAUCGAACCCCGCUCUGACGCAGAGACUCAGCUCGGGUCAUUCUCACAUGCGGCAGCCCUUCCCGCACAUGAACACGUCGGCGCCACAGCAGCAGAAAAGGGUGGCCCUGCAGCAGAAGGUGCAUCAGAUGCAACAACAACAUCAGCAGCAGCAGCAGCAGUCUCCACACAACAAAGCAGAGCCUUUCUCAGCAGGUGAGAUUUCUGUUUCAGUUUGAAGUAGAAGCUGCCGCCAGAAAUCAAACAAAACCGACGUCAAACAAACUGAGAGGAGAGAGAAAAACUGUGAUUCAGAAACAUCAUGACAUCCCCACCCAAAGGCAGCCACAAACACACGAAGAAACACCCAAACAACAAAAUAUUAAAAUUCUCUUCGGACCGGCCGAUUUAGCAAAAACAAUGAUCACGAUUUAUUUUGUCAUAUCGUCCGAUCUCGAUUAUUAUCAAGAUUUGUUUUGUAUUUUUUUAAACUGCCAGUUUAAAAGCAACUGUGCUAAAACUAAAGAAACAGAGAUUAGUUCAUUUUAUUAACAUACAAAAUAAAUAACAAAGCAAACUGAAUAAAAUAAACUUAGAAAAGUUUAUUAAAAACAUUUUAACUCAACAGAACAACAAAUGUAGAUAAAUACUAAAUAAUACAGUGAAUUAGUUUACAGUCCUGAGUGUUUUUGCAGUAAUGUAAGACCCAAAAUAAACAAAUCACCCCCUCAGGGACAAUGAAGACGCCUUAAAAUGUAAACAUUAUAUGAUGUAAACGUAGAUGUGGCUAAACUGCUAAUGCUACUUGUGCCGUCAGGCUGUGCAGACACCUUUCGCAUUUUCAUACUUUCCCCAUAAUCACUUGGGAGGUACUUCUUCGAACGAUUAAACAGAUCUGUUGUGUUGCUGGUUUUUGAGGGCACCAACCGCCGACAUACCUUACACAUCAGCUUAACCACUCGACGUCACUUUGGAGAUACCAGAACACAACCAAGAGAACACAACCAACGUUGAAUAACUUUUCUUCUCAACAAUGACAUCUCUAGAAGAAUGACUCACUCACGGCUGACAUCUAUUUUGCUGCCCUCAGCUCCACAUUCAGUCGUUCUGUUUGCUUCUUCGGUAACUUAGAGAAGUGAGCAGGAAAAGCUCGGACACUGAUUGGCUGUUGUCACACACAUUACCGCCAUGUUUGAUCGAGUAAAUAUGCUCACAGCUAAUCACCGUGAUCGAUCUGAAAUUUAUUACGAUCAUAUAAUCGCCCAGUCCUAAAUUCUCCCAACUCAGCAGCGGCCUGAUGGCUGUCUAACAUGAGUCUGGUCCUGCUCAAGGUUUCUGUCUGUUAAGAGGAAGUUUUUUCUUGCCGCUGUCACUCAUGUUAGAUGAGAUGGGUCUGGCUCUGUUUUUGGAAAGCGUCUUGGAAUAACGACUGUAGUGAUUUUUUCGCUAUAUAAAUAAUUUGAUUUGAUUUGGUAAAUGUUUUAAAGUAUUUCAGGUUAUACAUCCUGCAGGUACACUUGUCUGCACUUCUUCCUUCAUAUAUUUCACAAGUUACUCAUGUUUCCAAUCCUUAUUUUGAAGGUUGCCAACGUGAGAGCCCGUCUCCCCUGAUGAUGCACUCUCCUCAGAUGCCUCAGUUCCACCCGAUGGGACAGCAGUCACCCUCACAGACCAAGAAACACGUGAGCGUUACACCUCUUCUUCUCCUAACUACAUAUACGAGCUGUCCACGUGUAAAGUUAACCCUUAAAGUCUAGUCUCUUCAUUAAACAUGCUGUGUGUCUCUGUGUAGGAGCAGAGGUCCAACCUGGUGGGUGUCAAAGAAGAGAAGCCCACCCAGUCGCCCGUUCUGCCCCCCUCGCCUUUUAGUCCUGUGAUGCGGCAAGACGUACACAAACCUGACAACAAACACAGUGAGGCAAUAUUCUGCUUUGUAAAAAAGAGUCUGUUACACUGAAAGGCUGAAGAAGGUCCCACUGCAGACGUUUGACUUCUAACUCAUUCAGUGCCACGUUCAUUUAUGCAAUUUUCACCCAGUGCCACCAGUAACUGCAACCUUUCAGGACCCACAGAAUAUCUUAGACUAGAAUUAAUUUCAAUAUCUCAAAAGAAAGGGGUGAUUCUCUUCUAACUAAAAAGUUAGUCUCUAACCCACUCCUGUGUUUAGUUAUUGUCUGCUCAAUGCAGCGUGGUCAUAUCAUCUUUGUUGAUCUGGAAAAAAAAACCUGAGAGAAACACAUUUUUACGAAGGAGAGACUUUAAAGCAGAACUUCGAUCGUCUAUUUCGUUUCACUUCAAACUUCUUUACCGGCGGCAUCAAGGUCCUCGCUCCUUGGACACUACUUCUCAUCACUCUCGAGAUCCGAUUGUGAUAGGUCAAAACCUGAUGCUGUGAUGUAAACCCCGCAGACUGCUCGCAUCCUCCUCGCCGGGACUGUCGCUAAAUUUCGGUUCAGUCUCUCUCACAACGACACGUCGGAAAAUUGUUUCUUUUAUGGUCUGCUGACGAUGUGAAGGUCUGGUACCAGAAUCUCCACUGGAUCCAGAGAUGGUAGCACCGCGCCCAUGGGAGCUGAUGCGGUGAGAACGUUAGCUAUCGGCUGAUGACUUCAGCAUUCUCUCCGCAUAGAGAAAAAAACUCCACAACUCGGCUAAUCGGCACACUUCUAACCGACGAGUACUUGGUUAUGACGUAUUUGUCGGCUUUUCUGCGUUCAGAACGACCCCAGACUUAGUCCCAUAUCGGGGAGGAGCACCCUCUGGUGGAAAACAAAGGAAAUGGCACUGAAUGACUUAAAAGAGAGUCAGUUUAGGAUUUAGUCAAGAUCAGAAAGUAUGAGGGUUCACUUUUACCACAGGGGGGCACCAAAAGCAAACAGGAAGUUCCUCAUAGGAGCUUUAAAGUGGUGUUUGUUUUCUUCUCUCAGGAUUAGAGUCAAAGUCGUUGGACAACUCCCGCACUGGUUCCCGCCACACGGACUCCCCAGUACCCCCCUGCCCCCAACAGGACAACAAAAUCAAGCAAGAGCCCAAAACUCCCAUCUCUGGCAAGAAGACACAGGUAUGUAGAAACCAGACUUCAAGGUUGACAGCCGAGUCGGCGCCACACUUCCUCCAUCUGACACCUUCUCCUCCUCCUCCUGUUCUGACCCUGGACGUGAAGUUAAAGAACAUGGGCUCCUGGGCCAGCCUCGCUCAGAGGUCCCAGUCCACGCCAGCCUCCUCCGUGCGCUCCUCCAGCGACAGCUUCGAACAGUUCAGACGGGCCGCCAAGGAGAAGGAGGAGAGAGAGAGACAGCUGAAAGCACAGGCUGAGCAGGCCAGGAGGGAGCAGGAGAAGCUACGGUACAGUAGAAGAAGACGUUCACACUCAUGAGCGUCACUUUAGCUCCAUCAGCCAGCUGACCGAUCUCUGUUUUCACUCUGUAGCCGUGACGAUGAUGACACCAUGGAGCACGCUCGCCGAGCUCAAGAAGACACCCGCCGUCGCCAGGAGCAGCAGUCUCCUCUCGCCCCCACACCUCCAGCUUCGACCCCGCCCACUCACUCUCCGCAGGCCCCUCCCCCUCCGCAACAAGCUCCGACCCCGCCCUCCUCCGCUUCACAGAACGCCCUCGACCAGAGGGAGAUGGCACGCCGCCGCGAGCAGGAGAGACGCAGGAGAGAGGCGGUGAGUUUCUGUCUUUAAAGUCCCACUCCGAUCUUUUAAAAAAAAUGUUUUAUAACAACUCAAAGUGUUCUCAGAUGUCUUUAAAUCGUGAUGAUAAAGUUUUUAGUCAAAAUCACGUUACCAGUGUUAUUUUCAAGGACUUUUCUUCUGCAGAGCUCCAGCAGCUCAUUUGCAAUUCGUCUCCGAGUCGUGGGCGGAGACAUUGCCGCCCCACACACUCCUCUUCAUGCUAGCUUGUAGCCUAACAUUGCCGAUUUCGUAGAAGAAGCAGGUAACAUAGGAGCUUUUUUCAGCUGUCAGACACUAAUGUCUUUAGGGGACAUGAUAAAAACUAAUAUCAUAAUUAGCUUUUUUACAAGCAUUGCAAUCCACUAAUGCACACGCUUGUUCAGCGAUAAUCCUCUCUACGUCUCACAAGCUGAGUUCCGAUCCACACCGUAUUCCCUGCUUCCUGCUCAUGGAUUACUCUUCGUUGCCGAAACACCCUGUUACAUCAUCAGCGCAUUCCACACUUCCUUCGGUCGUCACCAAAAUAAAACAUUACAUCCGUUACAAAUUAAAACAGCUUUCACAGAAUACAAAUGGCCUUUCUAACUUAUUUAUUGCAAUGCAAGUAUCAUAGUAUCCCGUUAUGUAAUGACGACAAAAUGUCAUAAAUGUUCUCGUUACUUAAACGGUAUUGGAUAAAUUUGCUAUCUGUUUGGUGUCAUUCUUAAAAAGAUUGUUUUGCAGAUUCUUAUGUAAUGAGGCUGGAAGCCGUUAUAAUGAUAUACGACGAUAAUUAUGAUUGAAAUAAAAGGUCUUGUGCUCUGUAGCUGCUAGCUUAGCCAAUUUACGGUACGCUUAACUGCCAAAAAUGAAGCCUGACUUCACUUACACACAUAAAUGAACUCUCUAAUAGCCGUCUUUUGCUCAGUGGGAUGUCUUUUGGGACAUGAUAAAACUUCAUAUCAUAAUUAACUUAUUCGAUCCGCUAACGCACACGCUCGUUCCGCGAUCAUCCUCGCUCAGGGGGCGGAGCUUGGAUUCGCUACGUAGGAAAUCUCACUGGGUCUGAACCUGCUGUUUGGGUCUCCCAGAGAUUCACAGAGAUUUGAAUUAGAGGAUGACAUUUUUCGAAAAUUCCCGUGGGUCCCGCGGGGAUCCCACAGGAUGGGAGUCAUUUUUUUAAUCAAUCCCAUGAUCAGGGCGGGACGGGGAAAAAAGCAACAGGAGCGGUCAGGAGUGGGAACAACAGUAAUAGAUGAUCAUUUUCAGCCGUGUUAAACAACCAGAUGAACAAAUGCGUCUGUUUUUUCAACAUGUUUGGUUUCAUUCAAACGGGAGUGGGACAGGAGUGGGAGUGGGAGUCAUUCUAUGGGAGUGGGACAGGACAGGAUUAAUUUUUUUACUCCGGUCCGGGAUUGGGAUGGGACAGGAAUGAAAAUCCGCUGUCAUGCUCUAAUUUGAAUAAAGAAAUACUCAGAAAUGCGAUUUUGUACUUAUUUUUCUCAUGAUACGUCCUUCAGCAUCAGAAAAAUGAUCAUGUAGACAACGAGAAAAACGUGAUUUUCAUCUGAGUGGGUCUCAUCUUCGACAUGCCUGUAACGCCGAACUUUCCCGCUCUCUCCCUCCACACAGAUGGCUGACACCAUUGACAUAAACUUCCAGAGUGACCUGAUGGCCAUCUUUGAAGAGAACCUGUUUUGAGCAGAGAAAGGAGCAGAGUGAAAGAAGGACCUACAGAGAAACAUAAGCAAAAUGUCCAAACAUGCAUAUAAACCACAAAGCUCUGAAAACACAGUCGCUGCUCUCACACAAACACACCAACACAGACUCGAUAGUAACUGUCCCUUUCUCUCAGUAGUUGAAACAGCUGGCUUGUGUCAUGUGAAUGAGAGGGGGGGAAGUGAAAUAGAAAAAAAGCAAACCCUCCUUUCCUCCAACCUCAGAUACGUUUUGGUGUCUGGCUUGGUGUUUUUGCUGGUUGGGUCCGGGUCUCCGGGGCGGACGGAUGGACAGUGAAAUAAUCAGAUAGUCGUCUCCCUCGAGGUUAUUGAGAAAAAAAAAAAAAAGAACGAGGCGAGGCCGAACGAAAAGGAGGGGACAGAACUUUUACACACACAAAGAAUGGUUUAAUUUAAGAAAUUCAAUAAAUGCGCAUUUCUCCGAUGUCUGAGAAGAAAGGCGGAGGUGUAGAACGAACAGGUGAACAAAUUCACAAACGGACAGAUAACUUUGUUUUCGUCUUUUCCUCUCUCCUCGUCUGUUCAGUUUUUUUUUUUUUUAGUUUCUGUUGGAUUUUAACUGAAGCUGAUGUGGUCUAGUUUGUGGGGCACAGGAGUCACCUGAGAGUGGCGCGUUUUCUCGGGACACAGUGGGACACAACACCCUCGGCCACUCCCACUCCCACACACACACACACUCUUCUGAUCCAUCCUUCCUCCCUUUACUUCUUAUUCUCUCUCUAUCUCUCUCUCUAUCACUCUCACUCUCUCUCAUCAGUCGAUAAGACGGAGGCGUCAGCGAUGCUGAUGACGAGGAGGAGGAGGAGGGAAACGGUCAUUUUGAGCGUCUCAGAGUGUGUCCUUUGCCUUAGCGCUCCGGCCUGUAAACUAACAAUCAUACCCAACAAAUUAUACAUAUUAUAUAUAUAAAUAGAUACAUGAAUAUAUAUUAUAUACGACGCAACGUCAGCGCAAAAGAACAUGAGAAGAAUUAGGAUUUGGGAGGAGUGAAGCUCGUCUCUGUGUUCAUCUCUGAGCUCUGGUUUUGAUUUUGUAGAAUUUACUGUAAAGAAGAAAAAACUUUUUUAUGAUUCUAUUGAGAGGAUUGUUUCGUCUGUCUUAUUCUCUCUCUCUUUCUCUCUCUCUCUUACCUUUUUUCUGUUUUUUUUUUUUCUCGACUCUAUGCCAAAACCAAUCUAUUGAGUGCUGAAAGUUCAUUCUCAUUUUUUACGUGUAAAAUGCAUCUUCUUUUCACUUUAUAUUAAAGGCUAUGUUUUUAUUGCUAUUUAAUUUCCCCCUUCGCCCGCCCUUUUAAAUCCGAAGUUUUGCAGCAGUUUGCUCUGUCAUAGAUCGAAGAAGCGGCUCCAGCGUCGGUUCGCGUGACGCCGCGGUCAUUGUGUGUUCAAUACCUGCACUUAUCUCAUUAUGACUUCCUUUUUUUAAAGCCCUCCCCUCAUCAUGUUCAUGUUUUUAGUCUUUCUAAGCCGUCUGUCCUCUCACAGCUUCGGUCUGUAAAAUAGGUUUUUGUUCGUCUUCUUUUAGUUUUAUUUUGAAAAUCCUUCACUGUCCACGCUGACUCAUUUGGGAUGUCGUGUGCCAUUGUGUUUUUCUGGAAGUAGGACAUUCUCCUGACUUCAUUCGGUUGGCCCAGAGAUCUGUGAGUGUUCUCGAAUCUAUAACCGCUUUUUUUUUUUUUUUUUCAAUGUUUCAUUCAUUUCUUUUCCCUUUUUCAUAUUUGAUUGUUUUGAGUUCUUUUUUUUUUUUCUCCUUUGCCAUUUUCCUCUGAUUUUAUUUUAACCAGAACAACCUGUCGGUAUGUUGGUGAGUGAGGCAUUGAGGUCAAUAGAUUCAACAUGUUCGGGUUAUGGAGUAAAGCAUCUUUUUUUAAGAAAAGUAUUAAAAUAAUAUUUAAAAAAAUCUUUAAAACAAA